GCUCUGAGUGAGAAUAUUGACCCCAAACCCCAGUGAAAGCUAUAAUGGGCUGGGGACAGUGGCAUAUGCUUGGCAGCUUGACAUCACUCAGCCAAAGAAAACACCAGGCCGGGAUAUAAGCCCCGCGGGAAAAGCGCUGAGCAGAGGCCGCAUCUCCACCUACAGCAGUCGUGUCCUUGGGACUGCCUGUACCUUCCACCUCCUGAUCAUCUCGCCUUGGGAGCUAUCGCUAUGGUGACCGUGUGCAGGCCGUCGCCCGCUACGGUCACAGUGCUGCUGGCCCUCCUCGCCUGCUUGGGAGCGCUGGUCGACGCCUACCCCGCCAAACCCGAGGCCCCAGGCGAAGAUGCCUCCCCGGAGGAGCUGAGCCGCUACUACGCCUCCCUGCGACACUACCUCAACCUGGUCACCCGGCAGCGGUACGGGAAACGGGACAGCCCGGACGCCCUUUUCUCCAAGCUGCUGUUCCCCGACGGCGAUGACCGCCCCGUCAGGUCGCGGUAAAAGCGUUCCUCUCACCACACACUGGCCCCUGGAGCAUGGCCCGGCCCACGGGACCUCGCCCUGGCACCCUCACUUAAGACUUGCCCCGGCCUCGGCCUUGGCGCUCCAGACGCAAUUCCGUCCCAUUCCCUCCUGUGGGCCAGAGACGCCUACCCGUGCGGAAGACCCCAAGGCCUCCGGGGAGCUAUGCUAACUACACCCACAUCAAGUGCAUAUUUAGUUCUGGGUAGGGCCCUCCGGCCACUUCUCUGUGCCCCCUGGUAUCAGGGCCCGAGGGCUAUGUGUGGUCCAUUCCUUGUCCCCAA